UGCUUUUAUCUUUUUUUUCUUUUUCCUGUCUCUGUUAACAAUGUACAUUUAUGUGGCACCGCAACUUUGCUUGUCUUCUAUCUUUCUCUGGGUUUCUUUUGCUUUUCUUUUUUUUCUUUUUUUUUUUCGUUUUUAUUUGUAUAUUAUUUUAGACAAUGUAAGAUGGAGCUUAUUAAUAUUCUUAGUUCUUCCAGUUCUUUCUUCUUUCUUCCUCCUGAAAUAACAGUCAUUAUUUCACACAACCCCUUUACUACCACACCGACCAUACUCUGGCUAAUUAUGGGAUAACACACUAUUUUGCUAAUCGCUUCUGUUCUUGGAUAUUUCCUAACAUCUUUCCCCAUCUCCUUUUCUUUCUUACUUUUUACCCUUCCUCCUUUCUUACUCUCUUUCCUUCUCUCUCUCUCUUUUUUCUUUUCUCUUUCAGUUUACUUCUUGUGUAUUUAGUGUUGCUUGUUAAGAUUAGAAUGAAUAUGAGACAAUACACAAAUAAAAUAAAAGAUAUCAAUAAGCUAGCGAAUGGAUUUUCAUAAAUACAUACAAAUAUGUGUUGGCUGUAUGUUUAUAGAAUUGUAAAUGAAUCUUCCCUUAAGCAGUAUUCAAGUACAUUAAACUCAGUUGGCAACUGCAUUUCUGUUUCCCUUCCUUGGGAACCUUAACAAGCCUGUCAUUGGCUGCAGCAGACAUUACAUACACAAAUUCAAUACAGACCAAGAAAUAUAAUACAGCUGUCACACAACAGCAGCAGUGAGUGUGAAACUCAAUGUACGGAUACAGAUUUCUUGUAAUGACACUCUCAUAUGGAAUUGGUAGUAACGCUGUUAAAUGUUGAUGGAUUCAUUUAGACAUUUUACUGUGAUGCUAUCUGUCACUUCCAUUAAAAAUGAUUGAGAUUCUAGAAACAUGUCUAAUUUUUUCAUUGCUGCACACAUUAAUAUGUGCAGAGGUCAUCUUCAGAGUAAAGGAAAACCAAAAUAUAGAUAGUAAAGUUGGAGAUAUUGCACACAGCACACAGUUCCUAGAUAGCUUAUCCAGGUCAGAGACAAAGCAAAUCUGGUUUAGUCGAUUAAAACAAGGUACAGACAGAGGCUCAGAGUUGUUUAACGUUUCAAAAUCAGGAAAACUGUACACUGCUAAAGAAUUAGAUGCUGAAUCUCUUUGUAAAUACAACACAGAUUGUUUCAAAAUGGUGGAAGUUGCAGUUCGGAAAAAGGAGUCGUUUAUAAAAAUAAUAGAAAUAAAAGUGUUUAUUGAAGAUAUCAAUGAUAACAAACCAGAGUUUCCAAGUGAAGAAAUUCACAUCAAAUUUUCUGAAAGAGACAGCAAAGGAUCAAAAAUAUCUAUUCCAAAUGCAAUUGACAAAGAUAUGGCAACAAUUAAUUCUCAAAUUAAUUAUCAGCUACGGAAAUAUGCAAAUGAACCUUUUACACUUUCAGUUACUAAAAAAAGAUUUGGUACUUCAAAAUUGGAAAUAAUGUUGGAGAAGAAACUGGACAGAGAAGUAAAAGAUAAAUAUUUGGUACAAAUCAUUGCCAUAGAUGAAGGCUAUCCACCAAUGCAGAGUGUAUUAAAUGUUCAUAUAAAUGUUACGGAUGUAAAUGACAAUCCACCCAUUUUCUCUCAGAAUAUUUAUAAUGUGUCUGUUAGUACUAAACAUAGAAGAGACACUCCAAUAGUAAUUUUAUCGGCAACAGAUAAUGAUCUGGGGCAAAAUGGCAAAGUUUCAUAUUUUUUUGGUUCAAAAACAGCAAAUAUUGUCAAAACUUGUUUUGAAUUAAAAAAGACCACAGGAGAAAUUUUCUUACUUAAAACACCAUCUUUAGCUCAAAAACAAGUACAGAUUCUUCAGAUAGAAGCAAAAGAUGGAGGCAAUCCUCCAUUAAGUUCCACUGCUAUGGUAAUUGUAAAUUUGGUCAGUGAAAAGAACAAUGCUCCAGUUAUAGAUAUGAACUUUAUCUCAGAAUCACUAGGAAAUGUCGCUACUAUUUCUGAAGGCAUCGAAGUUGGAAGUUUUAUAGCUUAUGUGAAAAUAACAGACAAUGAUGUGGGGUCAAAUGGUGAGGUCAGCUGCAGCCUCCACCAUAAUAUAUUACUGCUUCAAAGUCUGGGCAGAAAGAAAUAUAAGAUUUUGGUUAAGAAUAGAAUUGAUAGAGAAGAAAAAAGCAAUAUUGAUUUUACCAUUACUUGUAAGGACAAAGCAUCGCCACCAAUGAAAACACAACGCAGAUUUUCCAUCCAAGUGAUGGAUGUCAAUGAUGAAAAGCCACAAUUCACUAAAGAUACAUUCAAAUUUCUGACUUAUGAGAAUGAAAAGCCAAAUUUUCCUGUUGGUUUCAUUAAUGCUACAGAUCCUGAUCUAGGACUUGGAGGUCAAUUGAUGUAUUCUUUAUUCAGUAAAAAGAAUCAAGUUGUUCCUUUCAAGAUUUCGAAUUUUGGAUUUAUUUCAACAUUGCAGCCACUGGACCGCGAAAAGCAGAAUAUUUAUGAAUUCCAGGCUUUAGUGAGAGAUAGUGGAAUUCCGUUGCUCAAUAAUACCACUAAUGUUAUUAUUGAAGUUAUGGAUGAGAAUGACAAUGCUCCAUAUUUUACAUUUCCGAGUGUUAGCCCUUUCAAUCUUGAUAUCCAUUAUGAACCACAAAGCAACAAUGACGUUACAACAUUAAGAGCUUCUGACAGAGACAGCCAUGUGAAUGCUUUCCUCAGAUAUGAAAUAAUAAGAGGAAACCACAAACAGUUAUUCAUUAUUAAUCCUUAUACUGGAGUAUUGUCUUUCUCUCGUCCAGUUUACCAAAAUGAUGCUGGGUCAUAUGACCUUCAGUUUGUUGUCAAAGACAGUGGUACUCCAGUAUUAUCAUCAACUACUACUGUAUUUCUGACUCUAACAGUCAGCAACAGCACUUCUCAGCUUUACACAGCUCAACACACUGAGUCAGAUGAUAUGAUACAUAUCAGUUUAGUAGUAAUAAUUGUGAUAGCUGCUGUGAUAAUAUCUACAGCUAUUGUAGUCUCUAUAAUAGUCUGUGUUGUUCAAAGACAGAAUCAUAGUGAUGUCCAGUAUGGUUAUAGGACAGAUACGAAUAAUGAAUUCAUUGGAGACAAAAGACAAUCUGAAUGUGCAACUGAGUUGAUGUGUCCUGAAUAUGAUGUCCCUGUCCCUAUAUUAAAGCACCCAUGUAGCAGCCAGAGUUCAAAAGUAGCAUCACUAAGGAAAGAAUCUCAAACAGAGUUUAACCAAAAUUUCAACUAUGAAGGUGCUACUUCAGAUUUUCAACUGAAGACAGUAGCAGAUAGCACAUACCAACGAAGUCUUCUAAGAAACCCAAAGAAUUCUCAGAUUGAUGAAAAGGCUGUUAAGGUGGUUGAACUCUGUGGAGAAAAACCAAGAUCUUGCCAUGCUAAUGAUAGAGAACAUAACUGGGCAGAAAGGGAAAUAGGGCACUAUGAAGAAUUAAAAGGUAUAAAAUCCUGCUUGCCUGUGGAAUUCCAAAGCUCAGCCAAACUGUCUCUACCAUUGGCAAUUAGUAGAUAUAAAGACACCAUUUCUCAUGCAAAACUAUCGAACCAAACUGAAGCUAUUCAGAAUCCAUCUUCACACAAUGAUGUCAUUGACCUGAAAUCAUAUAGAGUAAAUAAUACAGACCCAAAGACUGCUUCACAAUCUUGGAAUUUGCCAAUGAGGAAUAGUUUUACUUCUUAUUCAAAGCCAUUACCAGCAUUACCAUAUCCCUGGAACUCUUUAAAAGUACCAUCUUCUGAGAAAUAUGCUAAAGUUCCUUUAAAAUAGAAUUUAAUUAAAUAGAAUAAAUUUCCACUACAAAAAUUGCUAGAAUUGGUUUAAUUAAUUUGAAUAAUUUGUUAUUUUCUUCCUGGGUUAUAAUACUCUUUGGCCACCAAUGACUAAUAUUUGACACCACUAGGGUUAUCCUGAACAGCAUUACAGGCCACAGACAAAACAAUACACCAGGGCUCCUACAUACACAACCACAUUGAGCCUCUACCUGGGAUACUAUCAAAGUAAAAUACUCUAGCUUUCAUCUGUGUAAUAUACCCGGCUCCUAGUUCAAUAGAAUAUGGUACUCUCAUUUUUCAAUAUACUACCUCCACUUGGGUGUAAUAUUCUAUUUAACAGAGGCAAUAAACUAUCCAUACUCAGGUUGCAUAAUUCUAGCCUCUUUAGAAUGCUUAUUUAGCUAAAAACAACAAAAAAAAAAACAAUUCUUCUGUGACAUACAGGAAUAUUACAAGUCUAUGUGAAGUUGAUGAAAAAACGUAUGUAGCUUUCAGAGUUUGUGAAAACUUUUUUUGACACCUUCAUUUAUUUUACAACAAAACCCCAAAAAAUACUAAAUAAAAAAGAGAAAAGAAAAGAAAAGAAACAAAAAAAGAUUAUUCAAAAACACACAACAAAAAUACUCUUGUCUUGUUUUGUCUUGUCUUGUAAUAUCUCAUUUAUCACUCACUCUCUGUCACAUUUACAGAAAUAUUUUAAACAAUCUAUAUUUUACAUGUGGACAUUAUCUUCAAUAGAGAGAAAUUAAAAUUGAUAACUGAUAAUUGUCUUUUGUUAAUUAAACCAAUAAUGACUAAUUGUUCUUUUAUAAUCAAAUUUUCCAUUUGUGUUAUCUCUGUAACCCCUAAUCUGAGAAAAAUCAUACGUUCUUUUAAUAAAAGAAAAUAUAUAUAUAUGAAACACAUAAAAA